CGGCAUGCCUGCCGAUCUGCCGCUAUAUGUUUAUUAACCGACUCGUCGGAAAUUUAACAGUGUGAGGUUAUGUAUUCGAUGUUUACAUUUGACUCUUGCGACAAAAUUAAAGAAAAUAAAACAGAACCAUGGUUUUAAUGUUGGACAGUUCAUUUGUGACAGGUUUAUCAGUAGGAUUAGCGAUAGGUUAUCUGUGCACAUUAAUUCAGAAGAAAUUAAGUAUCUCGAGAAUCGAUGGAGAGAACACUAUUACUGAACCAGCAGAUGUCGUGGUGGGCUUUAAUGACAUGGAUUCAGAUGGAGAAUAUAAAAUGGUAUUGGUGGUUCGAACUGAUUUAAAAAUGGGGAAAGGAAAAGUUGCCUCUCAAUGUGCUCAUGCUGCCGUAGGAGCAUAUCAACAAUGCAGAAGAAAAGACCCCAAAAGUUUGCGGAUAUGGGAAGCAAGUGGGCAAGCAAAAAUAGCUGUUAAAAUUGAUACCGAAGAAUCUAUGCUUGAAGUUUUACAGAAAGCAAAAGGUUUUGGACUAAUAACUAGCUUAGUUAGAGAUGCUGGCCGUACACAAAUUUCUCCUAAUACUAAAACUGUGCUAGCUGUAGGUCCAGGACCAAAAAGUGUUAUUGAUCAUAUUACAGGAGAUUUGAAAUUACUUUAAUUAUUUCUGUAAAAAAGACAUAAAAGGUGUCAAAAGUGUUUUAUUUUAAUUUUUAUAUAAUAUGUACAGUAAGAGCAAUAAUAUUAAUUAAAUGAA